AUGUCUGUAGCAUUACUAUGGGUCGUUUCCCCCAAUACAGAGGUGUUCAACUUCUUUGGGAUUUUAGAUUCAUCAAGGUUUGCUUUGGGAAAUCGAAGUUCGAUUAGAGCAAAGAUGGGUAGGAAACAGAAACGGAAAUCUUGCUCUCUCAGUACAGAUGUGAAGUAUUCAUCUGUAGGGAACUCUGGCCUAGGCAGUGAAACCAAAUUUUCGGUUUUAUCACGCGUGGUGGCCAACCCGGUUGGAGAAAUAGCUGUCUCAUCUGAACAGAAGGUUUAUGAUGUCGUGCUAAAGCAGGCGGCCUUGGUUAAGAAGCAGUUGAAGUCUAAUGGAGAUCUUGAUGUGAAGCCUGAUAUUGUUCUUCCCGGGAAUCUGAGCUUGAUGAGUGAUGCUUAUGAUCGAUGUGGAGAAGUAUGUGCAGAGUAUGCCAAGACUUUUUAUCUGGGAACUCUGCUUAUGACCCCUGAAAGAAGAAGGGCCAUCUGGGCAAUAUAUGUGUGGUGUAGGAGGACAGAUGAGCUUGUUGAUGGGCCUAACGCCUCACACAUAACACCAACAGCUUUAGAUAGGUGGGAGUCGAGGUUAGAAGAUCUUUUCCAAGGUCGUCCAUUUGAUAUGCUAGAUGCUGCUUUGUCAGAUACAGUCAACAAAUUUCCCGUUGACAUUCAGCCAUUCAAAGAUAUGAUAGAAGGAAUGAGAAUGGACCUUAGGAAGUCAAUAUACCAAAACUUCGAUGAACUAUAUCUCUACUGCUAUUAUGUUGCUGGGACUGUUGGAUUAAUGAGUGUUCCAGUUAUGGGCAUUUCACCUGAAUCGCAAGCAACAACGGAGAGUGUAUAUAAUGCUGCCUUGGCGUUAGGGAUUGCAAAUCAGCUCACAAACAUUCUCAGGGAUGUUGGGGAGGAUGCAAGGAGAGGAAGAAUUUAUUUACCACAAGAUGAACUUGCACAAGCAGGGCUUUCUGAUUCUGACAUAUAUGCUGGAAAGGUCACAGACAAGUGGAGGAGUUUCAUGAAGAAUCAAAUUAAGAGGGCAAGGAUGUUCUUCGACGAGGCAGAGAAGGGUGUGACAGAGUUGAGUGAAGCCAGCAGAUGGCCGGUAUGGGCUUCCCUACUUCUGUAUCGCCAAAUAUUGGAUGAGAUAGAAGCUAACGAUUACAACAACUUCACAAGAAGGGCUUAUGUAAGCAAAGCUAAGAAAUUACUUGCUUUGCCUAUUGCAUAUACUAAAUCCCUCAUUCGCCCCUCAAGAACCUCUUCUUAUUCAACUAGAGCUCAGAAAACUGAUUCUUUGACAUCAAAAGUCUAG